AACCAAUAGUUUUAGUAUUAUUGAUUGGUGGUAAUUUUGUCACCACGACAAAAAUUGAGGGUACAAAUUGCAAAUUGCCUGCUCUUGAUUUCCUGCCAUUUUCCCCCUUUGUUUCAACUUGAGCUUCAGCCAUAUUAAAGAUUUUUGUUCCCCGAAUUGGCUGUCGGAUUCCUUUCGAAGUUUGAUGAACUGAUCGGACGAUGGCUGAGAUUGAACAGGACGGUCACCGUGGAAAUGAAAUUGAAGAGAGCAGAAGCAAUUCGACUGCGGAAAUUACUCUCAAAAAAAUUGGUCCUUCGCCUCCCUCUCGUUUAAUUGUUCCGUCUUCAAUCAAAGUGCAUGACUUGAGAAAAUUGAUUGCUCAAAAUGGAGAUUUGCCUAGCGAAAAUCUGACGCUUAUUUGGCGAGGAAAUGUGUUGCAUGACAACAAAAAUGGCAAUGAUGUAAUAAUUCAACUAAAGAACGGAGAUUCCUUAAUAGUUGCUACUAAACCAAAACCACCUCCAAAGCAUGCAGAUGAUGGUUUGGAUGAUGACGAUGAUCAUGAACUGAGGUUUCAACUUCCACAAUCAGUCACUGGGUGGAAAAGGAGACUUUUCAUUGCAUUACGUGAGAAGUUGAAGUUACCCGAUAUCCUUUUGAUGGCAAUGGUCUCGCUUAGUGUAAAGAUGUGGAUUCUAAUUGUUUUAUGGUUUAUUCUGGCACCUGUUGCCCAAAAAUUGGAUCUUGGCCCUUUAUAUGUACUUGCAACAGGGUUUGCUAUUAUCUUCUACAAUCUUGGACAGCGACAACCUGGUGAUGUCAGUGCAUAUUCUAUCUUCAAUGAAGAUUUCAGGGAACUUCCGGGGACCCUUAAUGCUGAGCGCCUAGACAGAGACAUUCGAGCUGGUCAAUUUUGAGUGAGAUGUAGUCGGCAGUGCCAAAUUUUGUGCCAUCAAGAUACAUGUGCGAUAACUGUACAGGAAACAUGCUAAUCCUUAGCUUAUCUUUAAUUGAAAAACUGCAAAUCAAUUUUUUGUGCUGACUAAAGAUAAAGCUACUUUGGUGGUGAAA